AUGACUGACAAUUUCAUGGGUUCCAUACAAAAGAAACCACAUGCCUUGUGCUUACCAGCCCCAGCACAAGGCCAUAUUAACCCCAUGCUAAAAGUUGCUAAGAUCCUCCACUCCAAAGGCUUUCAUAUAACCUUCGUUAACACCGAGUUCAACCAUCAACGACUUAUCAAAUCUCAGGGCUCCGAAGCCCUACAUGGCCUCCCUUCCUUCUGCUUCGAGACCAUUCCUGAUGGCCUUCCGCCGCCACAGAACCCGGAUGAAACCCAAGUUUUCCCAACCUUAUGGAAAUCCAUGGAUGAAACUUGUCUGGCUCCAUUUAAAAGUCUGCUUACGAAAUUGAAUGCUUCAUCUUCACCGGUGACUUGCAUAGUUGCAGACUUAUUCAUGGGCUUCACCCUCGAUGCAGCCAAAGAACUUGAUAUCCCCGAGAUAGUCCUAUGGACCAGCGGUGUUAGUGCUCUAAUGUGUGUUCAUGAGCAGAACAAUCUAUUGGAGAGAGGUUUGGUGCCACGUGAAGGUAAUAUAUAUACUUAA